AUAGAUAUUACUUACUGGUAAUUCAGCUAUACAACUGCAUGCAUGGCUCACUCUCCGGCAGUAAAUCACGUAUGCUACGCUAUUGCAUUGCUAUGCACAGCUUGCUACUGUUGUCAAGCACAAGAUGCGAUUCAGAUUGUUGCAAACGCUGCUCUUUGUUUCGAUAACCGAAUGGUGAUCAAUAACUGUCUGAUGUCGAUGGGAAUAAACACAAACGGGAGCUCAGGCAGCAACGGGACGAUGAGUAAUUCUACCACAAUUGAGCCGAAACCACACGGGAAGAGCAAUGCGACGACGGAGAAGAGUAACGCGACGACGAAUAGUAACGCGACGACGAUGACGCUCUGUAGCUCUCCCUGUUACGGGCAAAUGAUGCUGACGGCCACCUGCAUGGACGGCAUUUUAAGCAGCUUCCCGUUCUACAGCCCCGGGCUUGUACAAGGGGUGCAGGCCAUAGUGAACAUGUCAUGCCGUGGAAUGGCCAAUUCCACCACCAAUUCCACCACCAAUUCCACCGUAUCACAUUUGGCUGAGCCAGGUCCGCGUACAAACACAUCAAGAACAAGUGCAAGUGCAAACACAUCAAGAGCAAGAGCAAGUGCAAGUGCAAGUGCAAGUGUUCGCGCUGUGCCAGAUUUUGCCACUUUAGUUGUCUCUGCUUUUAGCAUUCUUUUUAUUCAUAGGAGAAGCCAAAUUUCAUGGUAGCAUUAAUUGUAUGUAUGAAAAUCAGUAUAUCCAAGUAUAGACAAAUGCAUAUAUAUCAAUUGGUGUAUACAAACAAUUACGACUACCUUUUUUGUAGUCGAACGA